AUGCCGCAGAUCGAACGACCCACACUCCGCCAACCGCUGCGCGACCUCCCGCUCUCGCUGUUUAUCCACCCAGAUUACGUGUCUGGAACGUCUUUGCUGGGCAAGAAGCGUCCAUAUUCUCCAAGUUCCAUGGUCAGCCCAUCCAAGCGGCGCCUCCUCGCCGUCGAAGGCGUGUUGUCGCCCAGAAGUCCGUUCAAAAAGGCCGUUGCAGAUCUUCAACGGGCACUUCCAUCCGCUAACACGACUGCCCGGGUGCUCUCCUUUGACACGCCUCAGCCAUCCCGCAUAACCCAGAGCGAUGUGCCCAUGGGCUCUCCUGUGGCCAUGUCUUCUCUUCCAAAAUCCCCAGCACGCAGGUCAUCUCCUGUCAAAUCGAUCGCCCUUGGACUAGCCCCAUCGCUCGAGGUCGGGCCCUCGUAUACACAGCCAAAGCCUCGUGUAGCGGCCGAGCCGUCCCAGGAAGAGGCGCAACUCCUCGCUGCAUUGGCUGCCGCACCCAAACCGACGCAGGUUUAUCUGCCCGGUGCCGCUCACCCUCGCCCAAAGCGAAGCAAAGAGGAUGAUCCAGAGGAAGAUCACUAUCCUGGAUUCGACAUUCCGGUCGACGAUGACGAGACUGAAGAGGCACACCCCUCUAGAAUGGAGGCAGAAGAUGAAGACGACGCAACCAAAGAAAACCAACAGCCAGUCGACGAAUAUGCACUUCGCUUCUCGACACCACUGAGCUCGAGGAGUAGCAUGUCCUCGCUGAGUGGUAGGCCCAUACGCCGACCUACAAGGCGCACGGGCCGUGGACGCCUACAAGAUGAGGUUGACGGCGACUUUAGCUCUGAUGAUGAUCUGUUGUGA